CUUUGUAACUUAAUCUUUGAAUGGCUUCUGUAAUUGAGCAAUCUCAAGUUGCGCCACCUCCCGGCAGUGCAGCUGAGCUGACACUUCCUCUCACAUAUUUUGAUUAUGUAUGGUUAUCUUUCCACCGUAUGCAGCAGAUUUUAUUCUACAAGCUCCCUGUGUCCAAAUCCGAUUUCGUCCAAACUAUUGUUCCUAAUCUUAAAGAUUCACUAUCCCUCGCUCUCAAACACUACAUACCUUUAGCUGGCCACGUUGUUUAUCCACUAAAUUUGAGCGAUUAUCCUGAACUACGUUAUGUUACAAGAGAUUCUGUAUCCGUUACUUUUUCUAAGACUGAUAUAGAUUUCAAUUGUCUCAUUGGUAAUCAUCUCCGAAAUUCUAAGGAUUUUUAUCACGUGGUUCCUCAGUUGGCAGGACCUAGGCAUGGACUAGGAGUCCAGUUAGCCCCGCUCUUAGCCAUUCAAGUGGCAAUUUUCCCGAAUAAUGGCAUAUCCAUUGGCUUCACUAACCAUCACGUUGUUGGUGUUGGAGCUACCAUAGUAGGGUUUAUAAGGGCAUGGGCGUUGCUCAACAAAUUCAGUAGAGAUGAGAAAUUCUUAGCUAAUGAGGUUCAUUCCAUUUUAUGAUAGGUGUAUAUGUCAAAAUCUGCCUCAACGGGAUUUAGCAUCGAGUGGUAUUGUGAAAAGUAAUGUGGCCUAGGUCGAUUAGUGGACAGCGGGGCUCGUAGCCAGGUGGUCAAUAACGGCCGAGGUCAAGUAUCAAGGAUGGUACUAAUGUCUAGUUUUGGUAAUAGGAUAUUUAAGGGAGUAUUCCAAUGAAUAUUCUAUGUACUGGUACUUUUAGGGUUGAUUGGGGAUAUGUCCCAUAUAAAUAGAAAAAGAGAUAAGGGGAAGAGGUAUGUAAUAUUUUUCUUUCUGAUAAAAGCAUCUUUUGAGAAGAA